UUAAAUCUUCAGAUUUGCAAAUUCGUUGAAUGAUGGAGAAAUUGGGUGUUCAGUUGCAGAAACCACCAAGCUUCUUAUUCCUUCAGUGUCGGAAAACAAUGAGUGUGCUGCAAGUGUUCUUCUUCUUCUUCUUGCUCGCUGGUUGUUCUGAGAUCACCAAAUCUAGUGUUGUGCGUAAGAUGGAAGACUCUCAUCAACCUGUCACGCUACAGCAAAGUGAUGACAAGGUGGUGAUGUAUAAUGGGAUCGUUAGCGCUACGGUGUCGCGGCCAGACGGCAAUUUGAUAGGAUUAUCAUAUAAUGGCAUUGAUAACCUUCUUGAACCUCUUACUCGUGCUGAUAAUAGAGGUUAUUGGGACUUUUCUUGGAACCCACUUAGUGGCCGCAGUAACUAUUACAGAUUCAAAGGGACAAAGUUUUCUGUUAUAAUGGAGAACGAAGAUCAAGUUGAAGUUUCUUUCUUAUACACAUGGAAUUCUUCCUUGCCUUCAGGAAACAUCCCAAUGAAUAUAGAUAUAAGGUAUAUUUUACGGAGAGGCAGCUCAGGGUUAUAUUCAUAUGCCAUAUUUGAGCGUUCAGAAGAUUUUCCUGCAAUUCGGGUGGAUGUCUUUAGGCUCGCUUACAAGCUCAGCCAAGGCCUGUUCCACUACAUGGCUAUAACAGACGAAAGGCAGAGAGAAAUGCCCACUGCUCAAGAUAGAUCCAAAGGCCAAACCCUUGAUUAUCCUGAAGCUGUCCUCUUAACCCAUCCUAGCAACCCUGAAUUCUUCGGAGAGGUGGAUGAUAAGUACAUGUACUCGGUUGAGAACAAAGACAACAAAGUUAGCGGAUGGGUCGCUUUUAACAGUACCAAUUCUUCAUCAAUGGGGUUCUGGAUGAUUACACCUAGCAACGAAUUCCGAAAUGGUGGACCUACCAAGCAAAGUCUCACCUGUCAUGUUGGUCCUGUCACCCUCAACUCUUUCGUGAGCCCGCACUAUGCUGGGUCGAAGGACAUAUCCAUGAUAUUCAAAGAAGGAGAGACCUACAAGAAGGUAUUCGGCCCCACUUUUCUGUACCUCAACACUGUUGCCAACCCCCGUGAUUCUCAAACUCUCUGGGACGAUGCUAAAAACCAGAUGCAAAAGGAAGUUGGAAGCUGGCCGUAUGAUUUUCCUCAAUCAAAAGAUUUCAUUCCAUCCAAUCAACGGGGAAAAGUGUCUGGACAAUUGCUAAUCAGAUGGUACCCUACAGGUGUUACAUUAUUUAACGUUAGUAAUGCUUACGUUGGUCUAGCCCUCCCAGGAGAUGAAGGAUCAUGGCAAACAGAAAGCAAGGGUUAUCAAUUUUGGACCCAAACUGAUAGUAGCGGCUUCUUCACUAUACAAAAUGUUGUGCCCGGGGACUACAACUUGUAUGGUUGGGUCCCUGGCAUUCUUGGUGAUUACAAAUAUGAGUAUGACAUUACCAUCAAAUCAGGAGAUGACAUCCAAUUAGGUCAAUUAUACUAUUGGCCUCCAAGAACUGGUCCUACGGUUUGGGAAAUUGGAAUUCCUGAUCGAUCAGCUCAAGAGUUUUAUGUGCCCGACCCAUAUCCUAGUCUCGUUAACAACUUAUACCUAGGAAAGCCCAAUGACAGGUUUAGACAGUACGGCUUGUGGAAACGUUAUACUGAAUUAUAUCCAACUAACGACCUCGUUUACCAUGUGGGUGUUAGUGAUUAUUCCAAAGAUUGGUUCUACGCUCAGGUUCCCAGGGACCUAGGAAACAGCACAUACAGUGCAACAACAUGGGAGAUAAGAUUUGAACUCCCAUUUGUCAUUAGAGGAAGUUACACACUACAUAUUGCCUUAGCAUCAACCACUAGUUCUCGCUUAAUCGUUUGGGUCAAUAAAGGCGGGAAUCGUCACCUGAGGUUCAAUACAGGAUUAAGAGGAGAGGACAAUGCGAUAGCAAGGCAUGGCAUCCAUGGAUUGUAUUGGAGAUACAACUUUCAAGUACCAAGCUCUCUACUUGUCACAGGAACCAACUCCAUUUACCUCACACAACCUAAGGCUAAAUCUCCUCUUCAAGGAAUUAUGUAUGACUAUAUCCGUUUUGAAAGCCCCACGCUUUUUGGCUCUCCUAAUCAUAAUUAAUUAUUUUCUAGCUUAUAGAUCGAGCGAGCUAUUAAUAAUGAGCCAGGAUGUGUGUAUCUGUGUUGAUUGCAUGUUUUUUUUUUUUCCAAAAUCUUUGAUUUUUAUUCCAUCGGUUGGGUGAAAAAUGAGUUGUACUGUUCAUGACUCAUGAACAUAUUAUAAUUUUUAUGUAAAUCUUUUAAUGGUUGCAUUGGUCAAAUUAUAAAAGUACGCAGUUUAUGC